AUGAAAUUUCUUUUUAUUAUUAUUUUUGUGGGUUUCUUUCAAAGCAAUACUGGGCAAGAACACACGUACUUGAUUACAGCACCCAAGGUACUUCGAGUUGGUGCAUCUGAGACAAUUGUGCUUCAAUCAUAUGGAUAUACCAAACCAUUAAAUGUCAAAAUUAGUCUCAAAACCUGCCCAGACAGACAAAAGGUUUUAGCUGAAGAAGAGGUUUUAAUAAAUGAAGAAAAUGGAUUUCAAGCAUCUGUGAAGCUGACUAUCUCACCAAAAGAUUUACCUAGAAAAAAGGAUGAAAAACAAUGUGUGUACUUAAUAGCAUAUUCUUCAGUAUUUACUAAAGAGGAAGAGGUGCUGGUGUCUUAUAAGAAUGGAUUACUCUUUAUCCAAACUGACAAACCUGUUUACACACCUGAUCAAUCAGUGAAAUUACGAAUUUAUUCUCUGAAUGAAGAACUCAAACCUGCCAGAAGACCUAUUGCCAUUACAUUUAAGAAUCCAGAGGAAGUUAAAAUCGACUAUGUAGAAUAUGAAGAUCUCACUGGAAUAAUCUCAGUACCUGACUUCAAGAUUCCAUCUAAUCCCAAGUAUGGUAUAUGGACAAUAGAAGCUUCCUAUAAAAAUGACUUCACAACUACUACUUCAACUCAUUUUGAGAUCAAAGAAUAUGUGUUACCAACCUUUCUGAUCUCUAUCAAGCCAGAAAAGCACUACAUUUCUUUUGAGGAAUUUGAAAGAUUUACAAUAACCAUAACAGCAAGAUAUUUUUACGGAAAAAAAGUGUCAUCUGCAUCUGUCUUUGUGCGUUUCGGAAUUAUUGACAAACAUGGUACAAAGCAAUUAAUGCCACAUGCAGCACAGCAUGUUCUGAUGUUCAAUGGAGUAACAACUAUAAUGUUUGACCCUAAAACUGCAACUGAAUUAAUUAACCGAUAUGGUAUUGAAGAUCUUCAUGAAGAUUUUUUGUACAUUGGAGUGACAGUUCAAGAUUUGUCAGCUGGAAUAUCUGAAGAUGCUGAAUAUAGUGAAGUUAAAUUUACCACCUCACCGUAUUUAAUUAACCUGGUUGGAACUCCACUUUUUGUAAAACCUGGGCUUCCAUACAACGUCAUAGUCCAAGUAAAAGACAUUUUGGGAUAUCCAGCUGGAAAUGUUGCAGUUACAUUUUCUGCAAAGGCAGUUUUUGAAGACAGUGAAAGUCAAGACAUAUAUCUAUCAAAGUUGAAUAGCAGAAAGAUAACCAAAAUAAAUGAUGGAACUGCAAUGUUUACUAUCAAUCUUCCAGCUGAACUUCAAGAAUUAGAAUUUAAGGUCAGGACUACCCUUGAUACUGAAUACCCCUACUCCAAGGAAUUCAGAGCAAAAGCUUAUCACUCAAGAUCCAAAAGCUACUUAUAUAUUACUUGGGCAGCCACUUUCCGAACAUUCCGAGUUGGACAACACCUUAGUGUGAACCUUGUUGCAAGUAGUCCAUACCUGAAUAAAAUAAAACACUUCCACUACCAGGUGGUAUCAAAAGGAAAAAUAGUUUCAUUUGGGACAAAAUCACGUUCAGUUGGCACCCAGGUUUUCAGUCUGAAUAUUCCUAUCACUGCAGAAAUGAUCCCUUCUGCACGCUUGAUUGCAUAUUAUAUUGUAACUGGAGAAAAUGUUGCUGAACUGGUUGUUGAUUCUAUAUGGUUUGAGGUAGAAGAGAAUUGUGUAAACAAUCAACAGAUUCAAUUAGACGCUGAUUCUGAUCUAUAUGAGCCUGGAAAUCCAAUGACUUUAGGAAUCAAUGCUGAACCUAAUUCACUUGUUGCAUUAUCUUCCAUUGAUACCGCUGUGUAUGCAGUUAGAAGCGGAAGCAAAUUAACAAUCAAAAAAGUGCUACUUGAUGCUGAGCAGCAUGAUCUUGGAUGUGGCGCUGGAGGUGGAGAGAACAAUGCAGAUGUGUUCAGGAAAGCCGGAUUGAUGUUUUUAACCAAUGCCAAUGCUAAAAGUUUGCCAGUUACAGAAGCAAAAUGUGAUGCUAUAUUGCGAACAAAGAGAAAUCUGAUGCUGGGGAGUGAUAUACGGAAAAAAAUUGCCAGUUUUACUAAUGCUAUGGAACAGAAGUGCUGCAUAGAUGGAAUGAGGGACUACCCUCUAAAGCAGUCUUGCUCUGUAAGAGCAAGUAGAAUCAAGUUACCUGAACCUUGCAGACAUAUAUUCUUAGAAUGCUGCAAUUAUGCAGAGAAGCUGAAGUCACAGUCUUUAGAUACUUUGACAUUAGGAAGAAUGGAAAUGAACAAUGCAUUUGAAUUGGAGGCACCAAAGAUCCGUAGUUAUUUUCCAGAAAGUUGGCUAUGGGAGGUCCAUGAAAUUUCAGAAAGUUCAGGUACUAAGCAGUUGAUCAAAAAUUUGCCCGAUUCACUGACUACUUGGGAAGUACAAGGAGUCGGAAUGUCUAAGGCUGGUGUAUGUGUUGCUGAACCAAUAAAGGUGACAGUUUAUCAAGAUGUGAUUCUAAAAGCAAAAAUACCUUAUUCUGUCGUGCGAGGGGAACAAGUUCAACUACGAGCCUCUGUGUAUAAUUAUAAGGCAGAGAGCAUAUUGGUUUGUGUACAAAUGAGUACAGAAGAGGGAACGUGUUUAUUCAAAGGCUCUCAUACAAGUGCUGAAGGAAAACAGAAAACUGCUUGCCAAAGGAAAACCUUGGAAGGUUUCUCAGCACUCCCAUUCACAUUCACUAUACUACCCCUGAAAAUAGGUGUCCACAGCAUAAAUUUCACACUGAAUACUGAAUAUACUGUAAAUGAAGUUACAGUGCUUAAGUUGCAUGUGGUGCCCGAAGGAAUUAAGAAAGAGAAGAACUAUGCCUACAUAUUGGAUCCAGUCAAUGUUUUGGGCACUUUAGUGAGAAGGGUUGAAAUUCCAUUAAGAAUACCAUUAAAUAUUCUCCCAAAUACAAUGCCACAAAAUGUGCUAACAGUGCAAGGUGACAUCAUUGGUGAAGCAAUGUCAAUAGCUUUAGAUCCUAAGGGUGUUCACAAACUAAUCGAUCUACCCUAUGGCUCUGCUGAAUCAGAAGUAUUUAAUGUUGCCCCAGUCUACUUCAUUUAUAACUACCUGGAGAAGACCAAUAAUUGGAAUGUGAUGGGAUCAAACUAUAGGAUGACGCAGCUGAAAAUGAAGAAAAAAAUGAGAGAGGGUAUUACAAAUAUCAUGUCUUUCUACAUCAAAAAUGUUCACUCAUAUAGCAUGUGGAAGGGUCGAGAGUCCAACAUAUGGUUAACAGCUUUUGUAUUAAGGGUGUUGGCACAAGUCAGUGAAUACCUUUCACUGGAUAAACAAUUAAUAUGUAAAACAGUAUUUUGGCUCACCUAUAACUGCCAAAACUCUGAUGGAUCCUUCAGAGAUAAUAACAGUUAUAUUCCAAUACAAUUACAGGGUUCAUUGAAGGAAAAAUCUUUGGAUAAAACAAUGUUUCUGACUGCAUUUACCAAUAUUGCCAUUCAAAAAGCAUUUCCCUUCUGUAAUACUGAAGGAGUUAAUAGAGCCAUACUUACAGCCAAUGAAUACUUAUCAAACAACCUGGAGAAUGUGAAGAGUACACUUGUAUUGGCUAUAACUGCAUAUGCACUGGCAUUGAAAGACCAUCGAUCUCGCUCUUCUUAUCGAGCCUUGGAAAAACUGAAAUUUGAAGCUUUUGUAAUAGGUCAUCCCCCUGUACGUCGUUAUUGGAAAGACACUCCAAAACUUGGGACUUCGACCAGUGAAGUAACUGCACAAGUAGUACAAACGACAUCAUAUGCUCUUCUGGCUGUGUUGCUUUCCACUGAUAAAAGAUAUGGAAACCCCAUUGUUAAAUGGCUUACUGAACAACAGCGUUAUGGUGGUGGAUUCCUUUCAACACAAGACACUGUAACAGCCCUUGAAGCUCUCACAGAGUAUGUUAUUAAUAUGAAACAUUCUAAGCUGGAUAUGUCAGUAACCGUUAACUACAGAAGGUUUGGCAAUAUACUUAAUUUGGAACUGAAUGAACAAAAGGCAUUUUCAAGACCCAUAGAGAUUGAAAAAAAUGAUAAUGUAGUUGUUAUAACCAAGGGCAGGACUGGCACAGCUCUUGUUAAUAUGAGAAGGGUAUAUUAUGUCAGGGGCACAUCCAGUGAAACUUGUGACUUCUCUCUAAAAAUAGAAGCCAAAAGAAUCAUUUCAAAUAGAAGACCUGCAGGAGUUGAGAAAGCUUAUCAACUGGAAGCUUGUGCGAAAUAUAAACCAAAAUCUGAAGAUGAUGCUUUGGAAUCAGACCAUUCUGUAAUGGAGAUAACCCUGAACACAGGCCUCUUGCCAGAUGAGGAGGAUUUAAAAACAUUAUUAAAUGGAGUUGAUGGUCUUAUUGUGGACUACAGAAUAUCAGACAGAAGUGUCAUUCUUCAAGUGGAAGCAAUUCCAUCAGAAUACUUCUUCUGUGUUGCAUUCCGUGUCUUUCAAAUUAUUGAAGUUGGAAUGGUAACCCCAUCUCCUUUUACAGUUUACAACUAUCAUUUACCAGAUAAAAGGUGCACUAUCUUUUACAACACAGUAGGAGAUAAUAAGCUUUUAAAACUGUGCAGAGGGGAUGAGUGCAAAUGUAUGAAAGCGGAGUGCAGUGAAAUGCAGCCACCAAUAGAUACAACCCUUACUGUACAUGAAAGAUAUGAAGCUGUGUGCAGUAAAAAGCCGGUUUACGCCUACAGGGUGCAAAUUUUGUCUUCUGAGGAGCAGAUUAAUUUCAUCAAGUACAACGCCACUAUUCAGGAAAUAUAUAUGACAGCUGAACCAGUUCAACAAAACUCAUUAAUAACUCUAAUCAAAAAAGACACUUGCCUUGGUGUUACCUUAACACAAAGACAAACGUAUUUGAUUGUGGGGAAAACAAGCCUAAAAUUUAGUUCAUCAAGAAGAUUUAUAUAUGAAUUUCCCUUGGACUCAUCCAGUUGGAUUGAAAUGUGGCCUUCUGCAAAUGAAUGCUCAGAAAAUGGAUGUGAAGAAUUCCUCCAGCAAAUGUCAGAUUUUUCAUUUCAACUCUUAAUUGAUGGAUGUUCAUAGAAGAUGAACUGGACCACAUUUGAAUCUUAAAAUUCUUCUUUUUGUUCCUUCGGUCAUAGUAGUUUACUGAUUUUUUUUUGAACACGGUAAAAGUUUAUAAUAAUAAUGUUUCACAUCUUUUGGAUUCAGUAAAAUAAAAUAUUUGCUAAACUUUAUUGAGCCAUUUUCAAGCCACAGUUUGAUCAAAAUAGAUUUUUACAAAAAUAAACAUCUUUAUUUGUAUUCAUAAUGUAAGCAUGAAUAUCUUUAUCAGUCUCUUCUUGUGACUGACCUUGAAAAUUAUCUUAGAAGUUAAAAUGUGAAUGUUUAUGGUGUCUGUUUGAGUGUUAACUGACUAAAAUUUGUGUGUUUAUUACAUUGAAAUGUAUUUAAUCCCUCAUUCACUAUUAUUUCCAAUUAAAUAUGAAUGAUUAAAUGUUGUCUUUUUUAUUUUAUUCCAUAUAAAACGGUUUUUCUCUAGAAUGCAUUUGUUUGCCAUUGGUUUAAUUUGUCAAUAAAAACAAUGACAAUUGUUUUAUUUCUUAGUGCUUCAGCCUGAGUGAAAAAUGAGGGAAACAAUUGCUUUUGUUGAGUCAUUGAUCAUAUGCCUCUUCCCACCUUCUGAAUUUAUAUCCAAUUGUUUUUGGCCAGUCAUAGGACUCUUAUGAUUCACUAGUUUCCUUAAAGUUACCUGAUUUCUCAAUAACCAUACUCUUAAAUAUGUGUGCAGGGUGAAACAGAGUUAAUGGUCCAGGUCAAUAACCCUUUAUCAGAUUAUCUGAAAUGACAGCUCUCUUUCUCUCAAAACCGAUGCUGCCUGACCUGUUCAUUGUUUUCACAUUUUGCAUUUUUGCUUCUCAUUACUUUUCUGAAUUACUUUUCAAUAUUAUAUAACCCCCCACUCGGCUCGUAGGUAAAUUUGGCUUGUUAGCCUGCCACAUGAGUCAACAGUGAGAAGGCCACCUUUCACAAACAAUACACAUCUAGGGUCAGUAUGAUUUGAGGUUCAACCAAACAGGAAUGUCGUGUUGUUCCAACCAAAGGAAUCUCAAUAUAAGAGAAUGCUGUGUAAAUACUGCCCAUACAAUUGUCGGUCAGCAAGAAAUAACAGAUCAUACACCACUUAAAAUUAUAAAGAUAGUAUAUUUAUAAAUUGCAACUUUAUAGAACAGUUAAUAAGAUAGAAAGAAAGGGAAAAAAAGGGCCCAUUACAGUCAAACCAGUCCAAUAUGUGCAUAAGGUUGGAGCUCAUCCUUGAGGUGUCUCUUUACUCAUGUGUUGGACCUACAGACUGCAUGCAAGCACACAGCACAUUCCGAACUUUGUUCGAAAUCCAAACGGGCUCUGCCUUGAGAGUAUUGACCCUUCCUCCUUGGAGCCAUUCAUCUGCACAAAACACUUCAUGCAACGGGGAUGCUCCUUCCCAUUACAUUCUCAGGCAUCUAUCCUCUCUGCAGCUCCUGCCAAAAAAAGACCCGCGAACCACACUGUGUAUCACUUAAAAUUCUCUCUGCCUCGCUCUCUCUAAAAUUUCCUCCCAAAUCCAUCAGCCUGAUUGGCUGACACAGCAUUCCUAAUCAGUGGCUGAAACUAAAACAUUCUACCAGCAGAACACACAGCUUUUGCAGAAGUCUCCUGAAAUGAUAUACCUACAGCAUAGCAGUAUAAUAAAUCUUAACCACUACAAUUAUUAUCUGAAGAUACAAGACUUCAUUAAGUUAUUUUAGCCAUUUUAGAAUGUUCUGUACUUAAGUGACAGUUCUGUGAAAGUGGCUCCAAAUACCCAUACUUUGAUGUUUUUACAAAUUCUGAUGUAAGCCCACAGGAUCUUAUUUAAAUAGGGGAGAAGACUGUAAUGGCUGGAAUCAACUCAUUGCUUUAUUUGUAAUGAUUGGAAACAACUUUACAUUGUAUUAAUAAUUUUAUUGUUUUCCUUUAACUGAAAUAAUAAAACCUUUAUUGCUCUUAUCAAUA